AUAAAUCAUCAACCAAUAGCGUCCCAUUUUCGCACGGUGACAAGACACGUGUGCUCUCCUUUCUAUUCGCUUCUCGUCUCUCUCAACGACAAAAAGAAAAGAAAAACAAAAUUCAGAGUGGACUGUGUGCUGAAAUUUUCUGUGGUGACCAGGCCAGUAAAUUACUUUCAGGCCAAGGAGGGAGGUGUUGUUGGACAAAACUGCUUCCCAUGAUGCAGCUAAUUCAGAACUAGAUUUAGAUUCACUAGGGGUAGUUGUGAAGCUUAUCUAAGUCAGCCAUAAGCUUGAUUUUGGUGACACCAAUUCAUGUGACAGGGAUGUUGUGCCUGUCAUGGUUUGAGCUAUAAUUUUAAAAUGGGUGGUGGAAAGGAAAAGCAAAGUGCUAUGGACCAGAACAAAAAGCUCAAAACAGUUACUCCUGUAUGGAGACCAGUCUGUACACAAGCCGUUUCCGAUGAAGCAUGUAAAUUUGCAGAAUGCUUGGUAAAGGAUGUAAUAGUGGAGUCAGAAGAUGGAAGUCAAGUUCAAGAAGUGCAGUGUAGCACAUCUAGCAUUGUUUCUAAUGUUCAACAUGUUAUGAAGUCAGCUGAACCGGUGACUGAAAAAACAGACUCAAAUAUCAGUUCCAGCACAGUGCAGUAUAGUGAUGAAGAUAAUAAAGUCUUGGAAGGAGAAUUAGAAAAGCAUUCAAUUUCAGCUGAGGUUGGUGCUUCUCUAAUUCGGUUUAUAAAAGGAAAAGGAGGAUCUACACAGAGAAAGAUUGAAGAAGAGAUGGGAGUUAAAAUUAUAUUUCCGUCAUCCAAGAAGGAUGAUUCUAUUAACAUUGAAGGCCCUUCAAUUGAAAGUGUCAAUAGUGCUUCAGAAAAGAUACAAACUAUAAUUGAUGAGGCAGUUAAAAGCCCAAAUCUCGAUUACUCUCACUUCAUAUCACUUCCAUUGGCUGUACACCCUGAACUGGUUAAUAAGCUUCUGAAUUUUCAGAAUUCCAUAUUGGGGAAUGGUGAUGGUUGCCUAGAUGAGAAUUGGGAUAGUGAUUCAAAUGAAGAUGCUAAUGACAAUGAAGUUGGGCACCGGCAGUUAGAUAAACAACCUGAUGUUGCUGUUGAACUCAAAACUGAUGAUGACAAUGAACAUGUUAAAGUGAAUAGGAGUAAAAUACCUCUUGUCAGUUAUGCCCCUAAAGCAUCAAAGUCUUCUCUUUUAUCUGCUGACUUGGGAAUUGACAAAUCCAUAUUCAUUAAACCAAAAACGUUUCACUUGACUGUACUCAUGCUAAAAUUGUGGAACAAGGACCGUGUUAGUGCAGCUGCUGAGGUUUUGCAGAGUAUCUCCUCAAAAGUGAUGGAUGCUUUGGAUAAUCGGCCUGUCUCUAUAAGGCUUAAGGGGCUGGAUUGCAUGAGAGGUUCUUUGGCCAAAGCCCGUGUUCUUUAUGCUCCUGUGGAAGAAAUUGGCAGUGAGGAGAGACUGUUACGUGCUUGUCAAGUCAUUACUGAUGCAUAUGUUGAAGCUGGACUGGUCCUUGAAAAAGAUGCUAAUCAAAAGUUAAAGUUGCAUGCCACUGUGAUGAAUGCGAGGCAUAGAAAAAGGAAGAAAUGGACUAGAAAUGCUGAUUCUUUUGAUGCACGUGGUAUUUUCAAACAGUUUGGAUCAGAGGAAUGGGGGGAGUAUCUUAUCCGUGAAGCUCAUCUUUCGCAGAGAUUUACUUUUGAUGAAAAUGGUUAUUAUCAUUGUUGUGCUUCAAUACCUUUUCCUGAAAAUAUGCAAGUGGACUGAACCAUUUUCCUAGAUGUCAAUGUGCUUUUCUUUUUAGUAGCAAACCAUGAAUGCAAAAGUUAUUAAGUUAUUCUUUGGGAAUUAUUUUAGUAUAUUCUUUUCGUA